AUCUGUGGUUCAGCCGAAGCCGAAUUACAAAAAUUUUGCUCGUGAAAGAUGGUGGGCUUGCUGAAGUAUGUAAGUGUAUAUAUGGAAUGUUAUUUUACAAAUUAGAAUACUGAAGACGUUUUAAAUGUGUUCAUCUUUUCAUUAAAUACAUAAAUAAUGGAUUUACCUCAACCGCCACAAGAUACCGAACUUAGGAACAUAAUAGACAAAUUAGCCCAAUUUGUAGCUCGAAAUGGCCCAGAAUUCGAGCAAAUGACAAAAAAUAAACAGAAAGGCAAUCCAAAGUUUCAAUUUUUAUACGGAGGAGAGUAUUUUAAUUACUAUCAAUACAAAGUUACAACAGAACAAGCUAUUUUGAAACAACAAGGUAUAGGACUUGCACCUCAAAGUGAUUGGAAUCAACCUCAAAGUGUAAUUACUCAGGACAGUCCAGAAUUAGAACAUUUAACACAACAGCAAGAUGCAUUAAGGGAGCAAAUUAAGCAAAGUGAACAGAAUCUUAAUGCACAACAUACGGUGCUUCUACAACAACAACAAGCUCAAGUAGAAGAAACAAUUACAAAGUGUCAGUUGACAAGUCUUCAAGAAGAAGCUGAACAGUGUAAUUUGCAAUUAAAUGAGUUGUAUAAGUUAUUACAACCAAUCAUUGAUUCUUGUACAAAAGACAGCAUAAGUAAUGGAAAAUCAUGGAUAUUACAACAUGCUACUAGUAAAGAAAGGGCAAUUUGUAUAUCCCAUUGUCUUCUGUACAAAGUUGUACAAGGAAAUGCUCCAUUUUCCCAAAAGUUACAUAUUAUUUAUCUCGUUAAUGAUGUAUUACAUCAUUGUGCUCGUAAAAAUGCAAUCGAUCUGAAAGAGGCUUUAGAAAAAGUCGUUGUACCGAUGAUGUGUAAUGCAAGUAUUGGUGCAACUGAGGACCAGGCCGUAAAAUUAGAAAAACUAUUAAAAUUGUGGGAAUCGAAAUCGAACUAUUUAUCAUCACAAACGGUGGACAAGAUGAGACAGCCGGCCCCUAGCUAUCAACAGUUUAAAACUGACGAAAUUGCGCGUUUUGCAAACGAAGUAGCUCCCCUCGCUCAGCAAACAAAAGUGACCUUCGAAGGGUAUCAACAGCAACACCAGGCAUUUGUAUGCCAUGCUAUGCAACAAAUUAUGGACUUGCAGAAUCAGAAGCAGGCCAUUGAACAGCAGCAGCAAUCGGUAAUUCAACAACAGUCACAGGGGCCACAACAACCCAUUCAGUCUCAACCUCCACCCCAACACAGCAACCUCAUACCACUGGAUGCUUUAAGAGCGGAAAUUCAGCAAAAUAUGUCUCAACAACAAUUACCUCCCUUAAAUGAUAGAAUGAACAAUGGUUGUCUUGAACCGAAUGACAUAACAUUGGCUCCACCCCCACCAACGAUAAAUCAAUCAAAUUCCGCGAUACAACCAAUAGCACAAAGUAACGGUUACGUGCCGCCGAUGAAUCCGAAUGUGCCACCACCGUGUAUGAGUCAACCGGCCGUUGAAUCUUUACCACCUUUUACUCAACCUCCUCCCGGUUUUUUUCCGCCACCCGGCAUGUUUCCAGAUUUUUCGAAACCACCGCCCGGUUUUCCACCAACUGCGCAGCAACCUCCUAAACCUGAGCCUGAGGAACUGCUACCCACUGUUCCGUAUUAUGAUCUACCAGCAGGACUUAUGGUUCCUCUGAUUAAGUUGGAAGACACCUCUUUUAAACCGUUAGAUCCUAAAGAUAUUAGGUUGCCACCACCUCAACCGCCCAGCGAGAGGCUUCUCGCUUCCGUCGAAGCGUUCUAUGCACCGCCAAGCCACGAAAGACCGAGAGACAGCGAAGGCUGGGAAAAGUUAGGUUUGUACGAAUACUACAAGGCAAAGAACAAUGCUAAGCGCGAGAAGGACGAGGCCAUCAAGGCAGGUCUCAGGGAGAAAUCUCGCAGCCCCAGCCCGGUAGUCAUCCCGAUUGAAAAGGAACCGUCACCACCUCGAAGACGUUACAGCAGCCUAUCUCCAACCACAACGUCGAGUACUAACAGAAAAAAAUCACGGUCGAGGUCGCGAUCACCGAGGAGGCAUCGCAGAAGGAGCAGAAGCCGGAGCCGAAGUCGAAACAGAAGGAGGAACAGUCGACGGAGUCCUAGUUCCUCCAGGUCACGGUCGCGCUCGCGGUCACCACCAUCUUCAAUGCAUUCAUUUAGAAGAUCCCCGUCUCCACCCAGUUCCUUUGGUUUCGGAAAUAAUUUUUCGAGAUCAGAUGUUCUGCAAGAGCAACUGGACUCGAAUAAUAAAGGUCAUCAGAUGCUGCGGAAGAUGGGUUGGGGUGGUAGCGGUCUCGGAGCUCACGAGCAGGGGAUUGAUUCACCGAUAUCUGGGGGCGAUGUGCGUGAUCGUCAGGAUCAAUUUAAAGGAGUUGGUUGCGACCUUAAUGAUCCUUAUGAAAAUUUUCGAAAGAAUAAGGGUGCCGCAUUCAUCACGAGGAUGAAAGCAAGAGCGGAAGAAAGGGCGAAUGAAAGUAAGUAAUUCUUUUUAGCUGUAGUAUUUUAUAGAUGUAGUAUAACAAAAAUUGAGGUUUUUGAAAUUUCCAGUUUUUCUUCUAGUAAAAUCAACAAUAAAUAAAAAAAAAAAUUAAUUAGUUAAUUCAAAAGCAGAGAUAGAUCCCUUUUUCUAUUCAUAAAACGACUAUUUACAUUUCAUCAAUCAAUAAAAAACAAAGAUGACAGUACAUGACAGUACAUUUUCAAAUGAUUUCUUCUAUUAUAUUACAGCACAUAUAAAAGCGUUGUUUAAAUAGAUAAAAUCAAUGUAAGAUUUAACAAAAAAAGUGAAACUCUGUAUGCAUAUGCAGUAAUUAAAGGAUAUCCUAACUAUUUACUUGGGUUAACACAGGAAGUAACGAAUGUCUACCCACGAGAAAUUGUUAUUUAUAAACCUUUGCUUAAAACACCUGUUCAUAUGCGCUAUCAAUAAAAUGCUAAUUAUAAAAGCACGUUUUUAAUGAAAAGAAAUUAUACACGUUUGCUUUUGCAUUUUUGUUAAAGUAUAAUGUAUUAUUUAUUACUGUUAUUUACUAAGGGGUCGUUCAUAAAAUACAUUCGCAAAAAGGGGGGAGGGAGGGGUAUUGCUCAGCAUGGAGAGACAUGGCAAGCGGAACGGGUUCUAAGGAAAUGUGACGUUCGCAAUUCAUAAUUUUUUUUCUUAACUUUUUCAUUACGACAGAAAGUCAUUCUCAUUGCCAUUUUUAAUCUCACAAAAAAAAUCUUUUUUAUAAGGGGGUGGGGGAGUGGACUAACUUUUGUGACGUAAUGUUCGUUGAGGGGUCACUGAAAGUGUGACUUGGAGCGGAAUGAAAGGGGCGGGAGGGGUUCAAUAAAGUGAAAUUCUGAGUGACGUAUUUUAUGGACGACCCCUAACUACCUAUACUACUACAUAAAGACAAAUGACCUGUAUGCACUCGCUAAACGCGAAAACUGCUGUACCGAUUUGCAUGAAAUUUUUACAUUACAUUUUUAAUGAUACAAAGAAGGACGUAGAGUAUUAAAGAUGUCGAAAUUGUUAAUAACAACGUGAUAAUAAUAAUUGUUCAAUUUUAUGAUGGAGGGGGAACCUUCGUUUCUCCCGUCUUACAAACGGUGCUGAACUUUUAAGAGGGCCGAGCACAUCGUAUUAUUGACAUUUCCAAGAUUAGGGCGGGUUGGUAAUGCUAUAUACUUAAGCUUCUUCAAAAUAAAAAGGAAGUUUCAAAACAGUAGAUACUGUUAUUGUAUAAAUUUUUAAUCAAAAUAAAAUUUUAAUUUCUUUCUUGAUCACAUGGUGCAGUUAUUCAAAUUCGUAUUUCAUGAAGCAAUAUAGCGGGUGUUAUAAAUAUCAUAAAUGGAAACGAUGGGACAAGCUUUUUAAAAACAGAAUAUAUUCUGUUUUUCAAUAUGACUGUAUCAUUGUAUUGCUUAUUCACAGAAGAAAUGUUUUUGAACACUCUGUAAACGUUUGAUACUAAAAAUUUCUGUGGAACGUAAAACACGUGUUUCGGGACGGAUAACAACGUUAUGCACGUGUUUUUUCAUGUAAUAACGUGAUACUUGUUUGUUAAAUGCAAACUGUAGAAUAAAGUAACGUCUAUGUAUGGUGAAAUGUUAUAUCGUUGCUGUGUUAUCGAACCGCAUUGUUUGUACAAUCCAAAUGUUCACGUGAUCAUUGAACUUAAAAAAAAACCAUAACAGUCACAUAAUAAUGCACUUGCCCCUGAGUCCUUAUCGAAAGAAAAAACGCUGUUAUGUUCAGUUUUUUUCCAGAUAAGUGCGUCAAUACAUACAUUUAUUACUUUGUUUGUCGCAAAUUAGGGAGCUUCGGGACGAUGGGGAGAUGGACGGAUGAUUUGCUUAUAUGAGAGUUUUUCACCCGUGAAGGUCGGUUGAUGAUUACGGCGAGGUUUUUGUCUGAACUCGCGUUUUGCCGGACAUUUUACUUAUCUACAAUUAGCGAGAAAAGCACGCUAACUGACGGAUCACACACAAACGUUGACGUACCUCGUAAAAGCAUUUUUUAGCAGCCAUAGAUAAUAAAGUUAUAUGUGUUUUCGAAACUUAUUAAUUAAUUCAUUUAAACUCAAAAAAACGAUGUUGCUAGCGGUUAUAAGCGAUCACCGUGUAUAUUAUAUACAAGGUGGUUAGAUUCCGUUGUUCGAGACGUUUUAAUACAUUUCCCAAAAACCAUUUACUGUAGUCCAUUUUAUGUAACUUUGAGGAGUUUUAUUAUUAUUGUUCUUUUUAAUAUUGGUUAAAACGGUAAGUACGAAACUUGUAGUACUUUAUCUUUUAGCAGAUAUUUGUGGAUAUUACAUGGAAGUCCUUUGACGAACCUUUAAGUUUUCCAGUAUAUAAUAAACCAGUAUAGUUUUUAACAUGAACAGAAGAAUACACAAAUCCUUAAAAUUGAUACUACAAUCCUAUGGUGUAUUUUUACUGAAUAGGCCCUCCUUAUGCACAUUUUUAAAAUUAUUUAAUUUUUCUCUGCAAGAAUCCAGAGAAUCGUAAAUAUUAAACAUUCAUCAUAAUCGUCAAUCCGAAAACCGUUUGGACGCGCACCUCCAUUCGUUCUUAUCUUCAACCAAUAUUUGCUUUUCCCGAAGAAUAGAACAUCCAACAUCCCUAACUAUUUGUUAACAGUAAUCUCCUAGAUUUUCCUCUGCCCCUCUUUACGCCGGCUUCUAAGUUUCUAGGAUAAGAUUGCAGAUUUUGAAUAGUUUGAAGGGUCAGUCACCGCCUACCAUUAUACCUUUUCCUUUUGAAUCCCAUAGGGGUUUUUGUUCUACUGCUUUUUCUUUUCCACGUUUCGCACCCGUACAGAGCCAUGCUCCAAACAUAGACUUUUAACGGUCUUCAUUAAAUUUCUAAAUUUGUCGCUAACUAGAGCAAAGAUUAGAUUUUAAUAAACAAAUUUUUUCUUUUUCAGACAAGGUGAACGACUGAAUCAUGCGCGUAGUAGAAGACUGCUUCGAGCAAGAUUUUAAAGAUAAUUAAUUACUUAUUGUUUUGUACUGUUAUGUAUAUUAGCUGUACGUGUAAAAAGUAUAAAUAAAUUUUUUCCAUUAAAA